GACCUUGUUCGAACUGCUAACCCUUAGUGGCGCACAAGUAGGUUCUGAUUGGACGUCAACUUUGAGAAAACGUCAUCACUUCAGGAAGGCGUUUAUGGAGUUUGAGGCGGAAGCGGUUGCCAAAUUUAGCGAGAAAGAGAUAAAUGCAAUAAGCAUUGAAUACAAGGUAGAUAUAAGCAAAGUGAGAGGUGUUGUGGAGAAUGCAAUAAAGAUCCUCGAGGUCAAGAAAACCUUCGGGUCGCUAGAGAGAUACCUUUGGGGUUUUGUGAACCAUAAGCCCAUCUCCACGAAUUACAAGCUAGGCCACAAGAUUCCUGUCAAGACUUCGAAGUCGGAGAGCAUAAGUAAAGACAUGGUUCGUCGAGGCUUCCGGUUCGUGGGUCCCACUGUGGUUCACUCCUUCAUGCAAGCCGCUGGUUUAACCAAUGACCACUUGCUCACUUGUUACCGUCACACUCCUUGCACUCUCCUGAUUACUAAUCCUUAAUUUUUGUCUUUAUUUUCUAUUUGACUUAAUUGAAGGUGUUUUUUUUUUAACUUUCUGGUGAUUUGUGCACAACAAAUAUAGGUGUAGGAGAAAAUGGAUUGAGUGUUUUUAAAUUUUUGUUUUUUGGUAAUGUAAGAUAAACCAGCUGGUUUAAUUUGUUUUUUUUUUAUUUACUUUUGUUUGAGUAUUUUUAAUCACAUGUAUAAGAUUUUUUAUGUAUGUGUGGUGUCACAAUUUGAAAUAGUAAUUGAUUUUCAUCGGAUUAA